AUGACAGCCAUGGGCGGAAAUGACCUGAACAAGCCAACAGGCGACCUCAACCAAGCCGAGAGAGCGGAGAGGGCAGUUGCGCAGGGUGUCCCAGUCAUUGGCCCAAGUCCCGGAAUUGUGGGAGCGCCGCAGCUCGCAGCCUCAGCUCCCGUCUCCUCACUACCCCCCGAGUGGCUCGUUGUCUUGAACUACCGAGUGGCUGUCAUGUGCUUUGCCUUCAUCAACCUCCUGACCAUCGUGCUGAACGUAGCCAUUGCAAUCCUGAACUUGGCCGAAUUUCCCUUGGAUCCCAGAGGAGGCGGCGCUUGGCCUUUGAUUGUCUUUGGCGUCUUCUUCAUGCUUGGCCCCAUUUGCGGCCUCAUCGGUGCCAAAUACCUCAGACGUGGAUUUGUGACUGUUUACGUCGGCUUCAGCUUCCUUCUCUGUGCAAGCCAGAUAGCCUUUGCAGUCCUUACAUUCUGGCUUUCGGCGAUCUUCCUUACGUUCGCACAGGCCUGGUUCACGAAGAUCGCAGCCACCUUUUGGUAUUGUUUGGGUACGGUUCCACUUGAGCAUCGCAGCCAGCUGUUGGAGCUGAAGGAGGAAGAGGUGCAGAUGGUGUACUGGUAG